GCUCUGACUUUGCACGCUGCAAAAAAGUCAAUGUUGGAAAACUUUUUAAUUUUUUCAAAGGGUGGUGUCGUUAUAUAUGAAUGCGCUUUUGCGGUCGUUGAGGGGAAUCCAGUGAACGAGCUGAUAGACCGGGUGUUGAUAGAGGGUCAGCUGGAUCAAGACAGUUACUCUAAUUCGAGAUACGUGUUGUAUUGGAAGUUGCUGAAUGAGUAUGAUUUGAUAUUAGUGGCGGUGUGUUUGAAGUUGUUGCAAAAGUCGAUUCACUAUGCGAAGGAGCUGCUGGAGGAGGUGGCGAGCGAGGUGUUGGCCUUAUAUGGGGAGAGGUUGAGGAAGGAGGCGUUGGAGACGGGGCUGAGGAGUGGCGUAGGCGGGGCGUUGGAGGGGUACGAUUUGAAGUUUAGAGAGACGCUGGAAGUGGUGAGGAAGAGAGCGAAUGAGAGGAGGUGCGCUCAAAAGGUGAUUACGGCUUUUUGGGACACGCCGAAGGGUCAGGAAAUUAUAAAAAAUCGAGACCAGGGCGAAAAAAAGGGGAAGGUGGGUAAGGGCAAGAAGGAGCCGAAGGGGGCCGAAAAAAAGAGAGGAGGGGUGACGAGUAGGUCUAAGAAGUCGAGGAACUGGAACGGCGAGGAGGCGUCGAUAGAAGAGCUCAGUAGGUGUGAUCUGAAGGACGUGGUUGAAGAUGAAUUAUUGGAAGAAAGAAAAGCAGAGGAGAGACAAGUUCAUGCGGAUGCGAUAGAGGCGGAUUUGAAAGCGAGUGAUACUGAAUCGGAUGAGGGAGAGGAGCAGCAGGCGGGCGAGUCGUUGGUGCAGACGGAGAAGAGAGGCCUGCUUGGUGGUAUAUUUGGUUACGUUAAAAAUUUGACACAGAAGGAGCUCACUCCGGAGUUGCUGGCGCCUACGCUCGAGCAGAUCCGGAUGCAUCUCAUAUCGAAGAACAUUGCGCCAGAAGUUGCUAGACGUCUUUGUAAGAGUGUGGAGCAGUCUCUGGUGGGAGAGGUUCACGGGAGUUUCAAUAGUUUGAAAAAGACAGUGAGAGGAGCUAUGUGUGAAGUUUUGACUAGGAUUUUGACGUCGAAGAAGGAAGUUAACAUACCUCGGCAGGUAGAGGAGGCGAGGCGAGAAAGGAGGCCCUUUUCGAUCGUUUUUGUGGGCGUUAAUGGAGUGGGGAAGUCGACUUCGCUGGCUAAGGUGUGCAGGUGGAUGCUCAGGCUGAAGUACAAAGUGAUGAUUGCGGCAUGCGACACGUUCCGAUCGGGGGCGAUUGAGCAGUUGAGGACGCAUUCGAAGGCAUUGGAUGUUCCGCUUUAUGCCCAGGGAUACGGAAAGAACGCUGGAAGCAUUGCUCUGCAGGCCAUCUUGAAGGCGAAGGAAGAGGGGAUUGACGUGGUGCUGAUUGAUACGGCUGGAAGAAUGCAAGACAAUGCGCCACUGAUGAGUGCGCUGACGAAUCUGGUCGAGGUCAGCAACCCGGAUUUGAUUUUGUUCGUGGGAGAGACGUCGGUGGGAAACGAUUCGCUGGAUCAGUUGACGAAAUUCGACCGUGUACUGAAAGGAAAUGAGAAAAACCCGAGAUCGAUAGACGGAAUCAUAUUAACGAAAUUCGACAUCGUGGACGAUAAAGUGGGAACGGCAAUAUCCAUAGUGUACUCUAGCGAAAUCCCGAUUGUACUGGUGGGGACCGGACAGAACUACGAGGACAUCCGCGCGCUGAACGUGAAGCAGGCCGUAGGGUUUCUGAUGGAUGGGAAAUAAAGGAACAGUUCUUUGA